CUCCGAGGCGCCCAAUGUGCAUUGCACAUGACUGGUGUUCUGGUUGUUAUCAUUUGUGAAACAGAAUAAAUUUUGUACGCCUACUAUUUUAUGCCUAGAUCGUUAAAAACACCGAAGAUUCAAGUACCUUAAAUCAAGCUAACCAUGGGCCUACUAAAAAGUUUGUUUGUUUUUAAUGCUUUUUUUGUGUUUGCAAUUUACGGUAAAAAUAUAAAGGUGUCCCUUUAUUAUGAAUGUUUAUGCCCGGAUAGUGUAAAAUUUGUUGUAAAUCAACUUUAUCCAACUUACAAAGAUUUAGGAAACAGACUUGAUGUAGAGUUGGUUGCCUAUGGUUUUGCUAAAACUGAAGAAUCCAACAAUACAUAUAUGUUUACUUGUCAGCAUGGCCCAAAGGAAUGUUACGGCAAUAAAAUCCAUUCCUGCGUAGCCUCUCAAUAUUCCAUACCAGAGGCAAUUCAGUAUUUGUAUUGCGCCAUGUCUUCGGGAAGAGGUUGGGAUGACGUUUAUUUAAAAAAGUGUGCCACUGUCGGAAACCUGAAAUGGACCGAAAUCCAAAGCUGCAUCACAUCAGGCCGUGGAGAUUUGCUUCUGGCAGCCAAUGGCAACAAAACUCUCAGCGUCACGCCACCUAUUAACUUUAUUCCAACCAUAAUUUUUAACGACGAGUUCAAUCAAACUUACCAAAGCGAAUCAUUGAUCGACUUUAAGAAAAUGGUUUGCGAAUUAUUGGACUACGAAGACCCUGGUUGUAAAGAAAAUAAUGAAGCUAAGACAACCGCGAUAAGCAAAUGUUCAGAUACAUCAUUUGCUAAACAGAAGUUGCAGUUACCAGUAACGAUGAAUUUUAAUUUGUUUUUUGUGAUCCUAGGGAUAUUUGUUCAUCAGGCGGUGUCAACAAUUAAUGUUGCCAUUUACUAUGAAGCCCUAUGCCCAGAUAGUACACAAUUCAUAACCAACCAACUAUACCCGAACUUUAAUCAGCUAGACAGGUACUUAAACCUUGAAUUGGUACCUUUUGGAAAAGCAUUUAUAGACACUUCAGUAGAGCCUAAUAGAGUCUUGUGUCAACACGGUGCCAGGGAAUGUCUUGGAAAUAAAUAUCAAGCAUGUUUACUCAAUCAAAAUAAAAGUCAAAAAGUCAACGUGGAUGUAGUUAACUGCAUAAUGAUUCAGAUGGACCCCUCUAAUGUGGAGUUUAUUGAAAAAUGUGGAAAACUAUUUGGCUAUGACACCGAAGAAAUGAAAAAAUGCGCCCAAGGCCCAGAAGGCGACUCCUUGAUCAAGAUGCACGGAAACCGAACAAUGGAACUCGACCCGAUUAUUUCCUUCGUGCCGACCAUAAUUUUUAAUGGCGCCUACAACCACGCUGAUCAGGCAGGAUCCCAAUACAAUUUCGCUUCGGUGGUUUGCAGCAAGAUCCAGGGGCAAAUACCCGAUGUUUGCAGAACCGCCAAGGAAGUUGGAUAUUCUUAUUUUUAAAUUGGUAAAUGUUUUUGGGUGUUUACGUGUUUUUGUUAUUUAUUGAUAAUAAAAUGUUAUAAAUCAUACAUUGAUGAAUCAUUAUUUAUAUAUAAAUAAAAUAUGCAUCAAUAUUAAGACACAUUUGUUGAUU